UCGAAAAGUGAUUUGAAAUAAAAAAGAAAAAAAUAUAUUUAUCAUGUUCCUAUCAUAAAAGUAGAAAAUUUUGUUAUUGUAGAUUUAAUUACCAAUGUUUUUUAAAUUAUUGGCAUUUAUAUUAACAGUUUUACAAUUAGCUUCGUUCUUGGAAUUUAGUUAUUAUUGUAUUAGUUGAUUUCUUUAACGAUAGAUAUUUAUAUUUGACAUGACACAUUGAAUGAACUCCGAAGUGGACCGAUCAUCGCCUACCUGGGCACAUACAGCCCUGUGUGCGGAUCUUACUUGGGCCGCGGAACCUCCCGAUGACUUUAUCAGAGCAAACCAGCGCCUUUUGGCACAACAUUGUCGCAUCACACAAAUUCUUCAAGACACCACAGAGCCUUCGCAGAGUCUGUGUGAUAUAGCAGAGAGACGGCUAGAAAAUGGCACGUCAGGUCGGAGGAGCGUGAAAGAAACAAUUCCAGAGUCAAGACUGGCGCAAUUUUAUGGAAACUUUUAUUACGAUGAUCUAAGAGAAAGUUGUUAUACAAAUCCCAAUGAGACUAGAGGCAGACCGCACUGCAAUCAAAGAUGCGAGAACACAGAUGUUACGGAGUGCUGGAUGCUUCCAGAGGUGGAGUACUGGUUUCGGAAGUUGAUAGAGGAGCCCACAGACCGCAGCCUCUUCCAUCGACGCCGCAGGCAGUACCGGAUGACACCAGACGAUGAUUUCGAGCGCUGGGGCCCGAUUUGGGCACGGACCGCUGAGGAGGCAAGUUUAGCGGCAAAAGUGCGUAGCGUACGGUCUAUUUGGCAGAACACGUAUGAGAACUCUGGCCAAACCUCCAGAAGAACACCCAGUCCACCUCAGCCGCCCAGGAAAAUAAGAGCCAGAAGACGGCAGCCCAGAAGGUUGUCUGCAUUGGCGCCCCCGCCGCCAGUUUAUUGCUUGGAUGCAGGAGCACGACUUGUUUGCGACUCUACUUGCAAGUUUCAGUUUGACAACCCACGCCCAACGCACGUGUCUGAUUGUCAGAGAGUAAUGAGUCGAUACUCUGCGAGUAUGCAGGCCCUAAUGAGAGCUACAGCAGCAAGGUGUCCGCUGUACAGAGGAACAAAUGUCAGCCGAUACGCGCCCACUGGCCCAAGACCUUUGCGCUGCUUGGAUAGACGCUGCAGUCUCUGGUGGCCUCGCGACACUAAUUCCACCAGACAAGAUAUAAAAAUUAAAACUAAUGCGCACCCAGAUGCUACAAUCGUAGUCAAUAAUGAUGAAAAAGAAACCGCAAAAUCAUCUGAAGAUCAGACAGUUGAAAAGAAUGAUGAAAAGCAAACUGAAUCAAAGUUCGAAGCUCCUGAAAGUCCUACAUUAAACCAGAAAGAAAUAUUAAUAGAGGAUGAUCAAGUUGCAUCAACGAGCACAGCUUGUAUGGAGACAGAAUUAAGAAAGAAACGUUUGUAUAGCACAGUAUUAAGUAUGAGUCCACCUACGAUAAAUAUAUCACCUGGAUGCGUGAGAUUAUCACAAAAGCUUGCUACACCUGGUAUUUUGAAAUUAAAUUCAAAAACACGACUAAGAACUCCUAAUGUUGAUAACAAAUAUGAAGAGUUGGAAAAGGAAGCUUUAGAACAGUACAAAGCUUCUGACGAAAGUAUAGACACCAAAUUCAAAGAAUUAGAAAAAGAGGCUGUUGAACAGUACAGCACUAGUAACAGUAAUACGAGUUGCAGCAGCGGGCAUUCGGCAGAAAAGAAAUCCUCAAACGUUACAACAGACAGCGAAUCAAAAAGUAAAAGGACAUCAAAAUUUCAUAAAGAAAAAUCAUUAGACAGCGUUGUUAUAUACUCACAAAAUUUUCCUGACCUAAAUGCUAGAGGGCAUACGAGUAGUGUUACGAAUUUAAAAAACUGGCACGCCCCCCCGAGGGGGGAGAAAAAGGAACAAAGUCAUCGUCCGACAAAAACAAGAAGCAUUAAAAAUGAAACGCAAAGUGCUGCGUCAGACACUGAUUAUGAAGCAAGAAACAGUAAGACAACUCAAAAAGCUCCCAUGAGGUGGAUGCUGCAUAUGAUUCCAUCUAAGAAACGGCAUUUAUCUGCAUGUGCUUCAGAUUUUUCUUCUGACGAGGACAUAGAAGAAACCUCAAGAUCAUUAAAAGAUGCAGGUCCGUGCAUAAAGACUCGUCUUACUGGAAAAGCCAAGUUAUCAGCACACGGUGGAGGCGAUUUGAAUCUAACCAUGCGGAAAACCUGAGCAUUCCAUCAUGCAGCAUUUUUUGCUCUGGCUACCAGAUUCAGCAUAUUCACAUAAUGACAAUGAAUUUUGUAGCCUGAAUAUCAUUUUUAUAUUUUUAUUUUAUGACAUGCUCAAGUAAGAUUUGUAUAUUAUGUCAUUUAGUUCCCAAGUGAAUGUACUCAGAAUGUCUGUAAAAUGAUUGAGUAAUUUUACUUAUCUUCUUCUUUGUAUAGGUAUAUAUUUAUAUUUGAGUUUACUUAUUGAUGUUAAGAUAACAAUUUCAGUUGUUGAAAAUGUCAAACAAUGAAAAUUGAUUACAUGUUUAGUGCUAAAAAAAUACAUUUUUAUAAUUAGUU